GUCGUCGCGGGUUAAUCUUUACAUUAAGCCGUAGUCAGAAGCGCUUUGAAAUAACAGUAGUUACAGGCAGCUCAUUUUUGCAUGGCAGGUCCCUCCAGUGUGUCUAACGUCUGAAGCCGUUGCUGGCUUCUUGCAGCCUGGCUUUAGCUUUAAUAUUAUAACCAUACGGUAGCUUAUAAACGAGCGGAAACGACCACUCCUGCAGUCGAUUAAAGAGAUAACAUGGUCUGACUUGAACACGAGAGCCUCGGAAGAUAUCGCCUGUUGAAAGGUUUUAUUCAAGUAGGGGCUGAGAGUUCUUGGUGAGGACGACUGUGCUAUGAUGCAUCCCUGAAGACAUUUUUAUCACAUGGGCUCCUAUGCUGUGCUGACCCAAUGGUUUAAUCACCAGGACUAAAAAUGAGCAUAAGCAGUGAUGAGGUUAAUUUCCUGGUUUACAGAUACCUGCAAGAGUCAGGCUUCUCCCACUCAGCGUUCACCUUUGGCAUAGAGAGCCACAUUAGCCAGUCCAACAUCAAUGGAGCCUUGGUGCCCCCUGCUGCCCUCAUUUCCAUCAUCCAGAAGGGCCUGCAGUACGUGGAGGCUGAAGUCAGCAUCAAUGAGGACGGGACCUUAUUUGACGGGCGGCCCAUCGAGUCGCUGUCUCUGAUUGACGCUGUCAUGCCAGAUGUGGUCCAGACCAGGCAGCAGGCCUACAGAGACAAGCUGGCCCAGCAACAGCAGGCGGCAGCAGGCAGUGGCAGCAGCGCAGGACCACAGGGAGGCACCAAGAAUGGAGAGGGCGCUGCCAACGGAGAGGAAAACGGAUCCCACGCCUUAGCCAAUCACCACUCAGAGAUGAUGGAGGUGGACAGAGAUGUGGAGAUCCCUCAAAGUAAAGCCAUGGUCUUGAGGGGCCACGAAUCUGAAGUUUUUAUCUGUGCCUGGAACCCUGUGAACGACCUCCUCGCAUCUGGGUCGGGGGAUUCGACAGCGCGGAUCUGGAACCUAAGUGAGAACAGCACAAGCGGAUCCACCCAGCUGGUUCUGAGGCACUGCAUACGGGAAGGGGGCCAGGACGUACCCAGCAACAAAGACGUCACCUCACUAGACUGGAAUAGCGAGGGCACAUUGCUGGCAACAGGCUCAUACGAUGGUUUUGCUAGAAUAUGGACAAAAGACGGUAACCUGGCCAUUACGUUGGGUCAACAUAAAGGCCCUAUAUUUGCACUCAAGUGGAAUAAGAAAGGAAACUUUAUCCUCAGUGCUGGUGUAGAUAAGACAACAAUUAUUUGGGACGCACACACGGGAGAGGCUAAGCAACAAUUUCCUUUCCACUCGGCACCAGCUCUGGAUGUCGACUGGCAGAGCAAUAACACAUUCGCCUCCUGCAGCACAGAUAUGUGCAUCCAUGUAUGUAAGCUGGGUCAGGACAGACCUGUCAAGACCUUCCAGGGACACACAAAUGAAGUCAACGCCAUCAAGUGGGAUCCCACUGGCAGCUUGCUGGCCUCCUGCUCUGAUGACAUGACACUCAAGAUCUGGAGUAUGAAGCAGGAUACAUGUGUCCACGACCUCCAAGCUCACAGUAAAGAAAUAUACACCAUCAAGUGGAGCCCCACAGGACCAGGGACCAACAACCCCACUGCCAAUCUCAUGUUGGCCAGUGCAUCAUUUGACUCAACAGUGCGUCUGUGGGACGUGGAGCGUGGGGUGUGCAUCCACACACUGACCCGUCACCAGGAGCCUGUCUACAGCGUGGCCUUCAGCCCUGAUGGCAGGCACCUGGCCAGUGGUUCAUUUGACAAGUGUGUCCACAUCUGGAAUACUCAGACUGGUGCUUUAGUCCACAGCUACAGAGGGACGGGAGGGAUCUUUGAGGUGUGCUGGAACGCCACAGGGGACAAAGUCGGAGCCAGCGCAUCAGAUGGAUCAGUUUGUGUAUUAGACUUGAGGAAAUGACACUGAUCUGGAGGGAGCCAUGGACCGACUACGAAUGUGUACAUAGCCAAAAUGACUGUCCCUGCCUGUCCGCCACACUGCUGUAGUCCCCAUCAGAUGCCAUCGUCCACCGUUACAGCCGACUGGACGCUCUCUCCCUCAUAUGCACUCUCAAGGACCACGCCCUGGCCACAUGCAGUUGGCAUGUUCACACGCAUGCAUCAGACACAACAGGUCUGUAUGGACGUUUCAUUUUGCUCCACAGAUCUGCAGCAAAUAAAGAACAUUUCUUGGUUAUCACACAGAACAAACUUGUUGGACCCAUCAAAAGCAAACCAAAACACCGGGAUUCUUCUUGCUUUCCUCUUUUUAUCCUUUGUAUCAGAAUUGUAAAGAUUUGUGUUCUCUGUUGAUGUGUGCAUAUUGCAUAUGUCGACAUUUGGUGUCCUGUGGACAUUGUGUUGAAUUUGGAUUUCACUGAUCUCUAUAGGUUUUGUAUUACAUGUGGGGUGGGGGAGAAGACAUGGUAUGUUGAGAGUUGUCUUUUAAUAUGGAUGUUCAAAGUUGUUCAUUGGGAGAUCUCUUCAUUUACUCGCCUGCACUCUCUAAGGUUAAUAAAUGCAGAUGUUUUCAUUAUGGAAGGUGAAAUGAUUAAGAAUUUCCUCAACUCUAUUUUUAUCCAGUAGGUUUGUUCCAUUUUUAACAAACUAUAAAGCAGUUAAUGGGAGGAUGAACUGUCCUGUUUUCAAACUAUGUCCUCAAAAUUACUUUACAGGUGUUCACAGUUCAUCAGGUUAAGAUCCUCCCCCUGAAAUCUUUUACUCUCUGAACUUUAACUGAAAGACAUGGGUGCUUUCAAUGCACUGUCAGCUUCUGGUCCCCAUCCCUGAAUCCGAGCUUGUCCUGGGCCUGUGUCUGAAGCUUAUGAUAUGAAUAGACUGCUGUGUGUCUUAUGUGUCGGACGUGAGGUAGUGUAGCGUGCUGAGAGAGAGAUAUGGAAAAGCAUAAUCGCUCGCAUUCAUCUGACAUGAACAAUUAAUAGUCGUAAAUCUGCUUUCUUCAUCAGUUAGUGGCUUCUUGCUAAGUAGCGCUGGGUGAUAAUCAGACUGAUCUGGUGUAAUUGUGUCUUGUUGCUGAAGCUUUGUCGUUAUUUAACAGGCCAUCAUCUUGAGUAUUGCUUCCUUUGCAGGCACAGGAUAUUUGAUAACACUUCUUUUUAAAAGCUGUCUCUACAUCACUCAACUCAACGGCUAAUUGACAGUACUGAAAUUAGUAUUAUGGUUUAUUAUGCAGAGCAACUAUUUCAGUCUUACUUGCAGCUUGUGUACACUAAGGUUCUAGUUUUGGUUUGCUGUCUGACCAACAUUAUCACAUAUUCACACCUAGACACUGAGACAGGCUGUGUUUAGGCCUAUGCACGGAUAGACAGCGGUUUUGUUUGUAGUGGUCAGAGGUAACAUGGUAUCUGCAUAUAAUAUAUAUAUAUAUCUAUAUAUAUAUAUAUAUGAAUAUAUUUCUGUGCUAUUACAGGGGGUUCUUUUGUAUGCCACUUUUAUGCUAAGGGUGGAUUUUAAAGUAACUUUAAAGACGCUUGAAAUACAGUAUGUGGUGUUCUGGUGCAUCACCUAGGGUUGUGACCACGAGGAAUGUUUAUUAUGAAAUACCAUUAAACAGUCAUAGCUAAAUUGGGAAAAAAAAAAAGAGAAAAAAAAAGCAGCUCUUCUAAGCCAAGCGUGCCCCCCCCCCCCCCCCCUGCACUUUAGACGAAAAAAUAGAGAAACGGGGCAGUGUGUUAAUUCAGGCUAUCAUAGACACAUGUGAUGUUUAACCUACUCCUAGGGAAGAAUCAGAAGUGAUGCAGUAAGUGUGCAGUAAACCAGCGGGUGAACAGUCUCUUGUCUGGCUCUUGGGUACGUCACAGUUGCAACAAGCCAACUUCAUGGCAUUCCAGGUCUCAUCUCGUAGCCAUAAUACAAUAUGUAACGGCUCGAUGCACACACAUGUCGGCAGAAAUUUCAGAUGUUGUCUUUCAUGUUUUUUUAAAAAAAAAAAAACAAACACAAAAAAAAACAUUUUGUACUGAAGCUAAAGACUAUUUUGAAGUUUGCUUUAAUACAGUCAGCAGUAAAUGGUCUGUAUGACAAAGACACUAUUUCAAAUGAUGUCUAUGACAGUGGAAUGGUAUUUUGUAAUGGUUUGUUUUUAGAUGAUAAGCUUUUUACACUGCAUUCAAGUGUGUUUACUAUUUUUCGUUCCUACCGAAAGUACUAACGUUAAUUCUAUCUUUGCUAUGUUGGAGAGCCCUUGAAGGUUUUGUACUUAUCAAAACUUUUGUAAUUUUGACUUAUUUGUAGCUACAUACUCGAAAAUGAACAAAGAAAAUAUAGAAUCUGGAUUUAAUUGUUGAUGUAUAACACAGAACAUGUAAAUACCAAUUUGCAGAUUUUUUUUUGUGUGUCUUUUCCCUCACCUAAGUUGUACUCUCUUUCUCUCACUCACAUGGUUGCAGUCUGCAGCCUCCUGAUCAGACUGUUGUAAUAUCACUCAGAUCUCAAGGUCUAGAAUAAAAUCUAUUUUGAUAAUA